CCCAGCGCCGCCCGCCCAGCGCCGCUCCCCGCCUAAAAGACGCACAGCGCAUUCCUCGUGCCCCGGCCGCUGCCCCUCUCGUUGCCCCUCGCCUGCCCGCCAUCCCCUUGCACCUCGCAGCCCAACGCCGCCCUCACAGCCCUCACCUCGCCUACUGCCAGCUCUACGCGUCGCCUCGCCUGCCCGCCGUCCGCCCGCUGUUGCGCCAUCGACGCGUCCGCCGCCUCGCCUCGCCGCUGCCGUCGCGUCGUGUCGCUGUGCCGACGCGCCUCGUCUGUCGCCCGCGCCCGCGCUUCCCGAUCGCGCUCUGCCGCACUGGCCAGCCGUCCGUGAGGCACCGUCGUCGUCGCUCCGGCCUAUAAGCUCGCCACACCCGCCGCGCCGCCCAGCAUGGACCCCUUCCUCGACACGCCCUUCCUGCUCGACGACCCGCACCAGGCCAGCCACACGCAGCCGCACGAGACGUGGAAGCUCCAGCAGCAGUUCCAGCCGCCGCCGCCGCAGCAGCAGGCACACUCUCAGCCCCAGCAGCAGCAGCAGCAGCAGCAGCAAGGUGCCUUCCCGCCACAGCCGCACCACCGCCAGCACCACUCCAUGACGCAGCUCGACGCCGACGCCGCCUUCUUCGCCGGCCCGGCACUCUCGGGCAACGCGCUCGGCCUGCUCUCGAGCUACGACGCGCCCGUCAGCCCGACGUCGCAGCCGGCAUCGAUCGGCAUGGCCCACUCGCACUCGAUGCCCUCGUUUGAGUUCCACGGCGGCGACCUGGCGCACCUGCCGCCGCAAUUCCAGAUGCAGGCCGCGCAACAGCAGCAGCAGAUGCAGUUCAUGGCCUCGAUGCAGCACCAGAUGCGCCGCUCCUCCGUCUCCAACCUCAGCGACGCGUCGGGCCUCUCGGGCGCCAGCAGCGGCGCGCCGAGCCACUUCGACGAGAACUCGCCGCGCGCCUUUACGCCGUCGCAGAGCCCGCUGCCGCUCGGCGGCCUCUCGGGGCUGGCGCUCGGCGCGCCCGCGACGCCGGCACGCGUCGGCGGCAGCAACGAGAUGCUCGGCGAGCACCUCGUCGGCCGCUCGCCGUUCGGCGGCUCGCAGCACGACGUGCUCCUCUCGCUCUCGCAGGGCCACGACAUCGAGCAGCAGCAGCAACAGGGCGGCCGCAUGGGCCCGCCGGCGCUCAAGCGACGCGUCACCGGCCUCGGACACUCGGCGUACACGGGCGGCAAUCACGCCAGCGGCAGCAACGUCGACGACGACACGACGCCCAUGCCGCCGUCGCUUGGCCAGUUCCACGGCCAGCGCCCGGCGUCGCUGAGCCUCGCCUCCGGGCCGCUCACGCCGCAGCACACCGUCAACCGCACGUCGAUCGGCUCGGCCGGCUCCGUCGCGUCGCAGCCGACGCCCGGCCAGUCGCACUCGUCCAGCACCACGCCCGAGGACUCGUUCCGCGGCUUUGGCGACUUUGACUCGCCGUUCAACCCGCUGCAGCGCCUUUCGCGCGACGACCUCGACACGCUCUCGUACGACCGCUCGCUCGAGGCCAUGUGGGAGGAGAAGGAGAAGAGCCAGCUGGCACAGCACCACCAGCAGCUCUUUGGCACGCCAGCCGGCCUGGUCGCCAACCUCUCGCUGCACAACGGCUCGCCCGCCUCGCUUGGCUCGGCGAUGAGCCGCGGCAUGUCGGCGCCCAUGCGCAACCAGGCCUACGCGCCCAUGACGCCGGCGGCGUAUCAGCGCACGCUGCCGUGUACGCCCAACGGUGCACACCCCUCGCCGUACGACGCUGCCUACAGCGCGCCGAUGAUGGCGUCGCGCAGCAUGAGCAGCUUCGAUUCGCCGACGUCCGUCUCGCCCAUCAACAUUGUCGACGGUCGGAGACGCGACUCGAUCGGCGGCGGCUCGACAUCGCAGGGCGGUGUCACCCGCACGGCCACGCCGCGCAGCCGCGCCCGCAACACCGGCCCGCCGCCGCUGAUCGUCAGCUCGGCAGACAAGAUGCACGUGUGCCACUGCGGCAAGCGCUUCAAGCGCAUGGAGCACCUCAAGCGCCACAACCGCACGCACACGCAGGAGCGCCCGCACCGCUGCCCCGUCGAGUCGUGCGGCAAGUGGUUCGGCCGCACGGACAACCUGGCGCAGCACCUCAAGACGCACUUCCGCACCGUCGGCGGCCGCUCCGCCGAGCUCCUCGCGCUCACGACGGGCGACGACGGCCUCGAGUCGCCCCUCACGCUGCCGCAGCCGCUGGCUGAGCCGCGCCACGACCCGCACGCCGCUGCCUCCGCCGCCGCGGCCGCCGCCUCCAAGGUCGCCGCAGCCAACAAACGCCGCGACACGGUCAGCAACGAUGUGCUCGGCGGCCCGAUUUCGCUCGCACGGCCGCAGUCCAACCGCGCGGUCCUCACGCCGUCGGGCAGCCUCAGCACCAACUCGUCGCCGGGCCACGGCCCCAUCGACGCGGCUUGGACGCACUGAGCGCUCGGCUUCAUUCUCUCUCCAUUUGUCUCUAUCUUUUCGCGGCGGCACCGUCAAGCCAGCCAGCGCCCAUUCGCUUCAGCAGCCCAGCCUCCACCCGGACCUCUAUCAUUCGCCCCUGGACUCGGACUAGCAACGCCUCUGCACGACCCGCCCACGCACGCACGCGCAUCUUUAUGACUCUCUCGACCCCUCCAUUCGGCGUUCUCUCUGCCGCUUCCGCUCAUUUUACUCUCCGGGUUCUCGUGUCACCGUGCUGCCUUGCACUUCUGCUCCCGCUCCUUUACGCCCGUCUGCGUCCCUUUUGCAUCUGUCCAGCGACAACACACCGGAUCGCUCUGUACCUGUACCGUACUGUCUUCCCCCACUCUUCAGUAAUCUGCCUCGUCGCUCGCUGCAAUCGCACGCCUGUUCAUCAC